AUGAUUGUGCUAUUCCUCUUUGCCUUGCUCUGGAUGGUGGAGGGGGUCCUUUGCCAGCUCCAUUACACCGUGCAGGAAGAGCAGGAGCAUGGCACGUUCGUGGGGAAUAUCGCCGAGGACCUGGGCUUGGACAUUACAAAACUUUCGGCUCGCCGCUUCCAGACAGUGCCCAACUCCCGCAGCCCUUACCUGGAGCUCAACCUGGAGACUGGGGUGCUGUACGUGAACGAGAAGAUCGACCGUGAGCAGAUCUGCAAACAGAGCCCCUCCUGCCUGCUGCACCUGGAGGUCUUCCUGGAGAACCCCCUGGAGCUGUUCCGGGUGGAGAUCGAGGUGCUGGAUAUCAACGACAACCCGCCCUCCUUCCCGGAGCCCGACCUGACGGUGGAGAUCUCGGAGAGCGCCACGCCGGGCACCCGCUUCCCCCUGGAGAGCGCCUUCGACCCCGACGUGGGCACCAACUCGCUGCGCACCUACGAGAUCACCCCCAACAGCUACUUCUCCCUCGACGUGCAGACGCAGGGCGACGGCAACCGCUUCGCCGAGCUGGUGCUCGACAAGCCGCUGGACCGGGAGCAGCAGGCGGUGCACCGCUACGUGCUGACCGCGGUGGACGGCGGGCAGCCCCAGCAGCGCACCGGCACCGCCCUGCUCACCAUCAGGGUGCUGGACUCCAACGACAACGUCCCCGCCUUCGAGCAGCCCGUCUACACCGUGUCGCUGCCGGAGAACUCGCCGCCCGGCACCCUGGUGCUGCAGCUCAACGCCACCGACCCCGAUGAGGGCCAAAACGGCGAGGUCAUCUACUCCUUCAGCAGCCAUAUCUCGGCCCGCGCCCGGGAGCUCUUCGGCAUCGCGCCGCGCACGGGGCGGCUGGAGGUGAGCGGCGAGCUGGAUUACGAGGAGAGCAGCGUGUACCAGGUGUACGUGCAAGCCAAGGACCUGGGGCCCAACGCCGUGCCGGCGCACUGCAAGGUGCUGGUGCGGGUGCUGGACGCCAACGACAACGCGCCCGAGAUCAGCUUCUCCACCGUGAAGGAGGCAGUGAGCGAGGCGGCGGCGCCGGGCACCGUGGUGGCCCUCUUCAGCGUCUCGGACCGCGACUCGGAGGAGAACGGGCAGGUGCAGUGCGAGCUGCUGCAGGGCGACGCGCCCUUCCGCCUCAAGAGCUCCUUCAAGAACUACUACACCAUCGUCACCGAGGGUCCGCUGGACCGCGAGCAGCCCGGCGGCGACGCCUACACCCUCACCGUGGUGGCGCGGGACCGCGGCGAGCCGCCGCUCAGCACCAGCAAGUCCAUCCAGGUGCGGGUGAGCGACGUGAACGACAACGCGCCGCGCUUCAGCCAGCCCGUCUACCAGGUGUACGUGAGCGAGAACAACGUGCCCGGCGCCUACAUCUACGCCGUCAGCGCCACCGACCGCGACCAGGGCGCCAACGCCCAGCUCGCCUACUCCAUCCUGGAGAGCCAGAUCCAGGGCAUGUCCGUCUUCACCUACGUCUCCAUCAACUCCGAGAACGGCUUCCUCUACGCCCUCCGCUCCUUCGACUACGAGCAGCUCAAGGAGUUCAGCUUCCAGGUGGAGGCCCGCGACGCCGGCGAGGAGCCGCAGCCGCUGGCCGGCAACGCCACCGUCAACAUCGUCGUGGUGGACCAAAACGACAACGCGCCGGCCAUCGUGAGCCCGCUGCCCGGCCGCAACGGCACGCCGGCGCGGGAGGCGCUGCCGCGGGGCGCCGAGCCGGGCUACCUGGUGAGCCGCGUGGCGGCGGUGGACGCCGACGACGGCGAGAACGCCCGCCUCACCUACAGCAUCGCCCGCGGCAACGAGGCCAGCCUCUUCCGCAUGGACUGGCGCACCGGCGAGCUGCGCACGGCGCGCAGGGUGCCGGCCAAGCGCGACCCGCAGCGCCCCUACGAGCUGGUCAUCGAGGUGCGCGACCACGGGCAGCCGCCGCUCUCCUCCACCGCCGCCAUCCAGGUGGUGCUGGUGGACGGCGCGGCCGAGCGGCCCGGCGGCGGCGGCGGCGGCCCGGGCGCGGGGGCGGGCGCGGGGGGCGGGGGCGGCGGCGGCGAACAUCGCCCCAGCCGCGCCGGGGGGGAGACCUCGCUCGACCUCACCCUCAUCCUCAUCAUCGCUCUGGGCUCUGUGUCCUUCAUCUUCCUGCUGGCCAUGAUCGUGCUCGCCGUGCGCUGCCAGAAGGAGAAGAAGCUCAACAUCUACACCUGCCUGGCCAGUGACUGCUGCCUGGGCUGCUGCUGCUGCUGCCCCUGCUGCAGCCGCCAGGCGCGGGCCCGCAAGAAGAAGCUCAGCAAGUCGGACAUCAUGCUGGUGCAGAGCUCCAACGUGCCCAGCAACCCGGCCCAAGUGCCCGUGGAGGAGUCGGGCAGCUUCGGCUCCCACCACCACAACCAGAACUACUGCUACCAGGUCUGCCUCACGCCCGAGUCCGCCAAGACCGACCUGAUGUUCCUCAAGCCCUGCAGCCCCUCCCGCAGCACCGACACCGAGCACAACCCCUGCGGGGCCAUCGUGACCGGCUACGCCGACCAGCAGCCCGACAUCAUCUCCAACGGCAGCAUUUUGUCCAGCGAGACAAAACAUCAGCGUGCUGAGCUCAGUUAUCUAGUUGAUAGACCCCGACGGGUAAACAGUUCUGCAUUCCAGGAAGCAGACAUAGUAAGCUCUAAGGACAGUGGUCAUGGAGACAGUGAGCAAGGAGACAGUGAUCAUGAUGCCACUAAUCGAGGUCAAUCCUCUGGCAUGGAUCUCUUCUCCAACUGCACGGAGGAAUGUAAAGCACUGGGCCACUCAGAUCGGUGCUGGAUGCCUUCCUUUGUUCCAUCUGAUGGACGCCAAGCUGCAGAUUACCGCAGCAAUCUGCACGUACCUGGCAUGGACUCUGUUCCAGACACUGAAGUGUUUGAAACACCAGAAGCCCAGCCUGGGGCAGAAAGGUCCUUCUCCACCUUUGGCAAAGAGAAGGCCCUUCACAACACUCUGGAGAGGAAGGAGUUGGAUGGACUGCUGUCUAAUACACGAGCGCCUUACAAACCACCAUAUUUGACACGGAAAAGGAUAUGCUAGUCACUUCUACAGGACUUACC